GUCCCACCAAAAUUUGUUUCUGAAUUUUAGGCGCUUCAACUGUUUUUUUUUUUUUUUUGUGAAAUUAACGGUAACACUAGAUAAAGUGUUUCAAAAAUGUUCGAAGUGUGCUGCCGCCUGUGCUUGGAGCAGGUUCCGUUGAGCCGCGUCCAAUCGCUGUACGACAAGCACCAGGACUACACAAUAAGGGACAAAAUCACGGAACUCUUUCAAAUAGAGUUUUCAGACACAGAGAAGCUCUCUACCGUUUGCAAUGACUGCCUCGAGAAGGUCGAAACGGCCAGAAAAAUACGAUCCUUUUUCAUCGAGGCAAACGACCGUUUCCGGCGAAUUAUGCUGGGCUGUGAGGAUAAGAAAGAAAGCAAGGAGCCCAAAAAGGACGAAGAUUCUUUAGUGGUGAAAAGCGCGGCCGAUACGGACGAUGGCGAUCCGGAGGAUGUUAAAAUGGAACCCAGCGAGUCGGCUGAGAAAAUUGAUACAAUCGCUGAGUCGGAACCGGUUCCGAGCGAUCAGGAGGAAGAGGAAGAACAUCUGGUUAUGUUGGAGGAAGUCGCUGAAGAAGAUUCACCUGAUAUGAGUGUCAGCAUUUACGACGGAAGCGAUGAAACCGGGUCCGAGCACAAACCCGAUGAGGAGGAUGAAUUUGAGUUACAUGAGAUGGAACAGGAAGAGGCAGAGGACGCAGUUGAAGUUUUGUCAGAAGUUUUUUCAUCGGAGCAGGGUUGCGAUCUGGAGGAGGAAGAACAGCGUUCGACCAAUGAAGUUGUGGAAUUGGAUGAAGUUAUCAAGAGGACGGUCUCGAUUGGGGCUCCAGGCGAUGAGGAGUUUAGCGUCGUCAUGAUUGAGUACCAAUGUAACGUGUGCAACGAAGUAUUUGAGGACAGAGUCUCCCUCAUUCGGCACACAAAUGGAACUCACAUCAAAGAGUAUUCGAAGAACUGUCGUCACUGUUUGAGCGUUUUCAGAACUGAUGAGGAAUUAAAGGAACAUGACUGCAUCGUAAAACCACGUCUCUUCAAGUGCUCCAAAUGCAACCGGAGCUUCCAAAGCGUUAAAGAACUUCAAGAUCACACAAAGAUCUCCCAUCGGAUCUACGAGAUUCCAAUCACCAAGCCCCAACCACCAGCGCGUCGAAGCAAUACCUUGAAUCAAUGUUCCCACUGUCCAAAAUCAUUCGCCAACAACCGAACGCUGGUGCGGCACGUUCAAGACGUUCACCCGGAAACAAUUCAAACAAUUCUUACCUGCCAGCGUUGCGAGCAGCAAUUCGCCAACGAAGCUUCUCUCCAAGCGCACAUGGCGGCGCACGAGAAAAACUACGAGUGUCGAUUCUGCGGAAAGGUUUGUCCGACGUCGGUUGCCCUGGCCGGUCACGAAAAUACCCACACCAAAGAUCAACCCUUUCAAUGCAACGAAUGUGGGCGUAACUUUGCCCAGUACACCAGCAUGCGACGCCACAUGAAGAUUCAUUUCAAUGAGAAAAAGUACAGUUGUGAUCUGUGCCCGAAGCUGUUCCGGCAACGGUCUGUUAUGCUCACUCAUAGGCGCAUUCACACGGGUGAAAAGCCGUUCGAGUGUGGAGUUUGCAAGAAGAGCUUCCGCGAUCACAGCACGCUGGCCAAGCACAGGAGGGUUCACGAAAAGGACGGUGCAAAGCGGAGGAAAUCCGGUACGCAGCUGAAAAGGAACAGAAACAAAAAGCGUCGGUGACGGUGAAAAAUGCUUGGUAGAAAGCAGAGCAUCAAAGGAGAAUCGGUGCUGGCAGAUUACGGUCCGGAGGAAUCCCUUAACGAAAGCGCAGACAUUGAGUGGGUCAACAAGCUAUGGGUCCGCCGGCUCAUGCGCCUCUGUGCGCUGGUAUCGCUCACUUCGGUGUCCCUCAACACGCCCAAGACGUUCGAGCGAUACCCGAUGCUGCAGUACAUCACCCUGUGCAGCGACAUCGUGGUCACGCUGCUCUUCACCUCGGAGAUGAUCGCCAAAAUCCACAUCCGGGGCUUGAUCAAGGGUGAGGCGCCCUACCUGAAAGAUCACUGGUGCCAGUUUGACGCUUCCAUGGUGAGCUUCCUGUGGGUGUCCGUGGUGCUGCACAUCUUCGAGAUGCUCGCGAUAGUGCCAAAGUUCCACUACUUUACGAUCCUGCGAGCGCCACGGCCCCUCAUCAUGAUACGCUUCCUACGAGUCUUCCUCAAGUUCUCCAUGCCAAAAAGCCGCAUCAACCAGAUCUUCAAACGGUCUAGCCAGCAGAUCUACAACGUAACGCUGUUCUUCCUGUUUUUCAUGUCACUGUACGGACUGCUCGGAGUGCAGUUCUUCGGUGAACUGAAGAAUCAUUGCGUACUGAACACGACGGAUCCAGAAGGACUAACCAUCAACUCGCUAGCCAUCCCGGAUACCUUCUGUUCAAUGGAUCCCGACUCCGGUUACCAGUGUCCGACCGGGAUGAAGUGUAUGAAGAUGCACUUUCUCACCAACUACGUGCAAGGAUUCACGGGAUUCGAGGAUAUCGCAACGAGUAUCUUCACCGUCUACCAGGCAGCGUCUCAGGAGGGUUGGGUGUUCAUCAUGUACCGCGCGAUCGAUAGUCUUCCAGCGUGGCGUGCCGCGUUCUACUUUAGCACCAUGAUCUUCUUCCUGGCGUGGCUAGUGAAGAACGUUUUCAUCGCUGUCAUUACGGAAACGUUCAACGAGAUCCGCGUCCAGUUUCAGCAGAUGUGGGGCGUACGGGGGCACAUUCAGAACAGUGCGGCGUCGCAGGUCAUUACCGGCGAUGACUCCGGUUGGAAGUUGAUCACAAUUGACGAGAACAAGCACGGAGGACUUGCUAACGAGACGUGUCACUUGAUCCUGAAGUCACCGUACUUUAGGUUGCUCGUCAUGUCGACGAUCUUGGCCAACGGGAUUGUGACGGCCACCAUGCACUUUAAGCACGAUGGACGACCGAGGCAGGUGUUUUACGAGCGGUAUUACUACAUCGAGAUGGCUUUUACAGUACUGUUGGAUUUGGAGACACUGUUCAAAAUCUACUGCCUUGGGUGGAGAGGAUACUUUAAGCACUCGAUCCACAAGUUUGAACUGCUGCUUGCGAUUGGCACAAGUCUUCACAUUAUACCGGGUUUGUACCUGUCCGGGUUCACAUACUUCCAAGUACUACGCGUCGUUCGACUGAUCAAGGCGUCACCAAUGUUGGAGGGGUUCGUAUAUAAGAUCUUUGGCCCCGGCAAAAAGCUAGGAUCGCUGAUCAUCUUCACAAUGUGCUUGCUGAUCAUCAGUUCGAGCAUAUCGAUGCAGUUGUUUUGCUUCCUGUGUGAUUACACCAAGUUUGAGAGCUUCCCGGAUGCGUUCAUGUCCAUGUUCCAGAUUCUCACCCAGGAAGCGUGGGUCGAAGUGAUGGACGAGACGAUGAUCCGAACAAGCAAAACGUUGACACCACUGGUUGCCGUCUACUUCAUCUUGUACCAUCUGUUUGUCACCCUGAUUGUGUUGAGCUUGUUCGUGGCCGUCAUUCUGGACAACUUGGAACUGGACGAGGACAUCAAGAAGCUGAAGCAGCUAAAGUUUCGCGAGCAGAGUGCUGAAAUCAAGGAAACGCUACCAUUUCGACUGAGGAUCUUUGAAAAGUUUCCGGAUUCCCCACAGAUGACGAUCUUGCACAAGAUCCCAAACGAUUUCACGCUGCCAAAGGUGCGUGAAUCCUUCAUGAAGCAGUUCGUGAUCGAUAUGGAGCCGGAAGAUCCGUCCUACUGCGAGGGUUACAAGCGACCCAUGUCGGAGUGCUGGGAGUCCAAGGUCGUCUACCGCAAGCAGAAGCCCGUCAACGUGAUGAACAAAACGGCCAAAGUCCGCUGCGUCGGAAGCAGCCUGCGCAAACUGGCCAUCACGCACAUCAUCAACGAUUCCAACAACCAACGACUGAUGCUGGGAGAUUCCGCCAUGAUUCCCGUUGCCGGCGUCAAGUCCGGCAUCAAACAGCAGGGUACCAUCACGCAGACUAAACCGUGGCGCAUGGACCAGAAAAAGUUCGGCUCCCGGUCGAUCCGACGCAGCGUACGAAGUGGUUCGAUCAAACUGAAGCAAACCUACGAGCAUCUGAUGGAAAACGGAGACAUUGGAGCGGCAAGCCGAGUGACCUCGUCCCGGGCGAGACCACACGAUCUGGACAUUAAGAUUCUGCAGGCCAAGCGGCAGCAGGCGGAAAUGCGACGCAACCAGCGCGAGGAAGACCUCCGUGAGAACCAUCCCUUCUUCGAUACGCCGCUGUUUGCGGUGCCUCGCGAGAGCAAGUUCCGGAAGAUUUGCCAGCGGAUUGUUCACGGGCGGUACGACGCCCGGUUGAAGGAUCCGCUGACCGGGAAGGAGCGGAAGGUGCAGUACAAGAGCAUGCACAACUUUCUCGGCCUCGUAACCUACCUGGACUGGGUGAUGAUCUUCGUGACGACGCUGUCGUGUAACUCGAUGAUCUUCGAAACGCCCCAGUAUCGUGUGAUGGAACACGUGACGCUGCAGAUCGCCGAGUACACGUUCGUCAUCUUUAUGAGUUUGGAGUUGGCGCUCAAGAUUCUUGCGGACGGGUUGUUCUUUACCCCAAAGGCGUACAUAAAGGACGUCGCAUCGGUGCUGGACGUGUUCAUCUACGUGGUUUCGCUGACGUUUCUGGUGUGGAUGCCGCGCCAGGUUCCGAGCAAUUCUUCCGCGCAGUUGUUGAUGAUUUUGCGUUGUUUACGACCGUUGCGAAUCUUUACGUUGGUUCCGCACAUGCGAAAGGUGGUUUACGAGCUGUGCCGGGGUUUCAAGGAGAUUCUGCUGGUAUCGACACUGUUGAUCUUGCUGAUGUUCGUAUUCGCGAGUUAUGGAGUUCAGCUGUAUGGAGGUCGAUUGGCGCGUUGCAAUGAUCCGACGAUUUUGAAGCGGGAGGACUGCGUUGGAGUGUUUAUGAGACGAGUUUUUGUGACCAAAAUGAAGUUGACUCCGGGCGUGAACGAGUCUUACCCGGCCAUGUUGGUGCCACGUGUUUGGGCCAACCCGAGGCGGUUCAACUUUGACAACAUUGGAGACGCGAUGCUGGCACUGUUUGAGGUACUCUCGUACAAGGGUUGGAUCGACGUGAGGGAUGUGCUGAUCAAGGCACUGGGUCCGGUCCACGCGAUCUACAUUCACGUGUACAUCUUCUUGGGUUGCAUGAUCGGAUUGACGCUAUUCGUGGGCGUGGUCAUUGCAAACUACUCAGAAAACAAGGGCACCGCUCUGCUGACCGUAGAUCAACGUCGUUGGUGCGAUCUCAAGAAGCGACUAAAGAUCGCUCAACCGCUGCAUUUGCCUCCCCGACCGGAUGGUCGCAAGUUCCGGGCUUUCGUGUACGACAUCACGCAGCACAUUGCGUUCAAGCGAUGCAUCGCCGUAGUCGUGCUGGUCAACAGUAUGCUUCUGUCGAUAACGUGGCAAAAGGACGAGGUUCACACGGCGCGGCUGGUCAUCGUGAGCACCCUGCUCACGUUCGUCUUCGUCAUCGAGGUGGUCAUGAAAAACAUCGCCUUCACCCCGCGGGGCUACUGGCAGUCUCGGCGGAACCGGUACGACCUGCUCGUGACGGUCGCCGGUGUCGUGUGGAUUUUCUUGCAAACAACACUGAGAAGCGAUUUAUCAUUAUUCAUUGGUUUUAUGGUUGUCAUAUUGAGAUUUUUCACAAUAACUGGCAAGCAUACGACCUUGAAAAUGUUGAUGCUCACAGUCGGCGUCUCAGUGUGCAAGUCCUUUUUCAUCAUAUUCGGUAUGUUUCUGCUGGUGUUCUUCUACGCCCUGGCCGGAACGAUCCUCUUUGGGACGGUCAAGUACGGCGAGGGCAUCGGCCGUCGGGCAAACUUUGGCUCGCCCGUAACCGGUGUGGCCAUGCUGUUCCGGAUCGUCACCGGUGAGGAUUGGAACAAAAUCAUGCACGACUGCAUGGUGCAGCCCCCGUACUGCACCCUGGCGGCCAACUACUGGGAAACGGACUGCGGUAACUUUACCGCCAGUUUGAUCUACUUUUGCACGUUCUACGUCAUUAUAACGUACAUCGUGUUGAAUCUCCUAGUCGCUAUUAUCAUGGAGAACUUUUCGCUGUUUUACUCCAACGAGGAGGACGCCCUGCUCUCGUACGCGGACAUACGCAACUUCCAGAACACGUGGAACAUUGUGGACAUCCACCAGCGCGGGGUAAUUCCGGUGCGGCGCGUCAAGUUCAUACUGCGGCUGCUGAAGGGCCGGCUCGAGUGUGAUCCGCAAAAGGACCGGCUGCUGUUCAAGUACAUGUGCUACGAGCUGGAUAAGCUGCACAACGGCGAGGACGUUACGUUUCACGACGUGAUCAACAUGCUGUCGUAUCGUUCGGUGGAUAUCCGAAAGGCACUGCAGCUGGAAGAACUGUUGGCUCGCGAGGAGUUCGAGUACAUCAUCGAGGAAGAGGUGGCCAAGCAGACAAUCCGCACGUGGCUCGAGGGAUGUCUAAAGAAAAUCCGCGCCAACAACGUUACGAGACAGCAAAACUCCCUCAUCGCUGGUUUGCGAGCGGAAAAUAUCCAGCGGCAGCAACAGCAACAGCAGGAAGCCGCCGAUGAACUGGCACUGAACAAGGAGGUCAGUCUCGAGCCGGACACGGUUGAACUUCCGGUGAAGGAGGUCGAACACAACGCCAAGGGGAGGAAAAAGAGUCAAAACCUGAACCGGUCGGAUUCAACGGGAAGCAGCAGCGGCCGGAAGUUUCUCGCGCCAACGCUUUCCGAUCCGCAGGCCAAAAAUGAAAAGGAUCGCUACAUCAGCAAGAAAAAGUCCCAACGGCAGUCCGGCACCAACACCAAGAACAUUACCCAGAUCAACGAGCUGAAUCAUGGCCACACGUUGCACCAGCACUAUCACCACAUUGCCCAUGGCAGCGAAAUGCAGCAAACCAGCAACAGUAAAGUGGGUCAUCCGCACAUUAGCAUGGUCUACGAGGUGCACGACUGGUGGCAGGAACAGGUGACCUGUCCGCACAGCGAAGACGAAGAGUAGCGAGUUUGGUAGCGAUUGGUAUUGGAUGUUGCUUAGAAGAAGUUUUUUAAGUUUUAACCGAGUUUUACGAGGAGUAUUGUCUGUUGAGUAGGUUUGAUUUGUACUGAUGCACACAAUGUUAACGAAAAAUGUAUUAGUAAGUAUUGUAUACUUUGUUGAGAGAGUUCAACAAACCACACAUAAUGUCCGGUUUUAUAGGUUUAUAUACAGAAAUAUGUUGAUUUAUUGCCAAUGCAGGAAAUGGGAACGAGAAUAGUGAUAUUUAGAAAUAAAAUAAACCCACCCAGGAUAA